UUUAUGAGUGGAAGCCUGUAUGUUACGCACAUAUGUGUGCUUGCAACUCUCUCGCUCUCUCUCUUUCUAGCGUGACCCAUGGUUGUACAUCACUUUCAACACAUAUCAAGGCAGCCCAGCAGAACAGGUUAGAAAGAGCAAACAGAAGAGGGAGGGGAGAGAGAUAGAGGUAGAGAGAGAGAGAGAGAGAGAGGCCAGCGAGAAAGACUUUGUCAGAGAAAGGCAUAAAGACAUCGGAGUAAAAGAGAAAGGGAAGCUCGUCUCUGCGUGUGUGUUUGUGAAGACAGCUACAAAAGGAAGAUGCUGUGGAGUUUGUUGGCAGUGCCGGUGGUUUCAGCAGCUGUCCUGUACGUCCUCUAUCACUGGCUCAUCCCUACAGCUGUGCAGAGCAGCGGCUGGCUGGCACUCCUCUGGCACGAUGUCAUCCUUGAGCGGGUCCUUAACAUCAUGACGGGAUCAUCGCGACCUCAGCGCAUGCUGAAAGCCGUUCAGAAGAAUGCUACGAAAGGAGACCCUCAGAGCGUCAUCUCAGCCAUCGACUAUUACUGCCGCCACAAAGAAUGGGCCAUGAACGUGGGUGAUGAUAAAGGGCUCAUACUGGAUUCAGUGUUGACGGAGGUAAACCCCAGCACAGCUCUGGAGCUCGGCACGUACUGCGGCUACUCCACCGUUCGGAUCGCUCGACUGCUGUCCCCUGGCUCCAAACUCAUUACAGUUGAAUUCAACCCAGCCUUUGCUGAAGUUGCUCAUCAGAUCAUCGCCUACGCCGGCCUUCAGGAUAAGGUUACUCUAGUGGAGGGACCCUCUGGUGAUUUAAUCCCCAAAAUGAAGGAACAAUUUGGAAUAAAAUACUUUGAUUUUGUGUUUUUGGACCACUGGAAAGAUCGUUAUGUACCAGAUACUAAACUUCUUGAGGACUGUGGUCUACUGAAAAAAGGCACUGUCCUGUUAGCCGACAAUGUCAUUUGUCCUGGAGCCCCGGAAUAUUUGAAAUAUGUGAGGAACAGCCCACGCUAUGAAAGCCGAUACUACAAGUCCAACCUGGAGUACACCAAAGUAGAAGAUGGCCUGGAGAAAUCUGUCUUCUUAGGAUGAGAAAGAAUGAAUGAAUAGUUCUGUAAAACAGGGACGGCACAAGGGAAAAAGAACAAGCCAGUUCCUCUAAAAUACCCAGUCUUGUGAUGCCAUGUCUACUUAGAACAGACAAACGGAUGUUUUUGUCCUUAACAAAACCCACUUGCAACAACGCAAUGCUGUGAAAUCUCCUUAUACGCCAUUUCUGCUGAGCUAUGGUUUAAGAUAUUUUAUAACACAACCUGCUGAUGUCUUGUACAUUUUUUUCAGGAGAGUGAUUGUACUAUUGGAUAAAGCUAUGAAAUUCAUGUUGUUUUUCCUAAUC